AAACUCACGGUGGACUUGGACCUCCACUGAAGGCGACCUGGCCGACCCAAGCUCGUUGGUGGCCGUGCAGCCGUACAAGCCGGCGUCGGCGGGCGUGACGGACGUCGUGGUGAAAGUGUGACCGCGAGAGACGUUUUGGUGUAAACGCCGCCAUCUUCCCAAGUGGCUGUGAAGAUGUGGGACAGCGUGUUGUUUUGGACGGCGUUGCGGCGGGAGCUGGCGCACAAGGACGGCAAGUCGUUGGACACCCUGGUCAGGGUGAGGAUGGAGAACGGCUCGCUUUCCACUGAGCAGAAUGUGGACACCGGCUGGCCUUCUGUCACAUUGGUGGCCAUGGACAGCACCGGCUCGGACGGACCGUCUUGAGAGAAUGGACUUGGACCUUUACUGGGGCUGAUUUGGCCGAGCCCAGUUCGUUGACGGCCGUGCAAGCGUAGUCGGCGGCGUCGGCAGGCGUGACGAACGUCAGCGUCAAGUACCCAUUUCAGGAGACUUUCAGGAAAAUCACAGAUCCGUAUCAGGCCCAGCCAAGACCGACGUGGGAGGCGGGAGAUUAAACCCCUCUGUGGGCUCCCUCAAGUUAGGAUCGUAGUCGGUGCCCUCGUCCCGAGGUGUGCGACGGUUGGCGCAGUUAUCAAGCAGGGUGAAGUAGACGACAGACAGGAGUGUCACGCCCACGCUGACGCAGCCGAGCAUCAGACUGGCUCCGUAGUCAAUCACGGAUUCAUCCCGGUGAACGCCAAUGAGGGAGGACAAAGUGGCUUACCAGCGAUGAACUUGAGGACUCUUCCGGCGACAACGCACUUGUCCUUGUGCGCCUGCAAGAAGGUGCCCAGACAGCAGCACUGUCUGAAACAGGCACUGAGCACCAAGAGGACGAGAAAGGCUUCCAACACCAAGGUUGUCCGUCGCUGGUCCCAUCUGUGACAAUAAGUGUUGGAAUUGUUGAGGACCAUGAGGCAUUGCUUCCAGAUGCCCAAGGUAAAUUCGAAUCUCUGGCAGUCUCCCGGAGGGGGAACGCACAUCCGAACCAAGUCGGUGGAGACCGUGACGGCAAAGAAGCCCAAUGUGCACAGGAAGCUGAGCCCAAGCCUCCACAACUGCACAGUCACUGAAAUCCCAGCCAUGAUGUCAAAAAAAAAAUCGGAUGAGGUCAAAAUCCAAAUGGGGAACGUCAAGCCUGCUGGCGUGGUGGCUGUCUGAAAAUGUACAAGAAAACAAAAGUCACAUCACGUGUGUACUUAAAAUGCAAUGUAGAACAUUGCAAAAGCAGACCCCCCAAAAAGUUGUGAUAUAGAAAUGAAAGUCCACACACUCACCUUUCCUCGUAGGCACACUUCUCAGAGGUCCGAGGUGCAGAGUAACAUCUUGGGCGCGCUCCCUGCCAAGAUAUACUAAGUUGCAUCUUGCAAUGCAUUCUUGGUAAUGUCGUUCUUUUCCUUCUCCCUCCCAGGGGGACAUCCCCUGCCAUUUUUCUAAUACUCUUAACAAAACUCAUCUUAUCGCUUCUAAUAAGUAUUUCAAACUGGUUUUAGGAUUUCAAGCAUUUUAAAGUCGUGUGUGUAUCACUCGGAUUGAGGUUUCAAACUCAGGUUGAGAUUUCAUAAUUUUAAACUCAGGUUAUAGAUGCGGUGAGGACUAGUUUUGGCAAGCAUGCAAUUCGGCCCUGACCUUAAAGCUGGGUACGCCCCAUUCUAGCAACAUUUUAAAAGAAAUGAAAGCUAAAACUGAUAAAGACAUACCACAGAAUUGUGGCAAAAUGUAAGGCUACAAAGUAUUUACUCGGGCAGAUGCACAAAAGAAUUUACGAACUCGAUUUUAUAAUCAUUGUUAGAAGUUGUGACCUUCGUUUAAAGAUCCAAAUUUAAAACCCUUGUGUCUUACAAAACAACUAUAUUCUUUGCAAAACACUUUGUAAACUUGCGUCAAAUUUACACAUGUAGGUAAACCUUCAUCUUUUAUAUUUAUUUAUUUCUGUAUGUACGUAUGUGUGUGUGAUUUGUUUAUUUGAUUGCUUAUUUGAUUAUUCAAUUGUUUUUAUUUUAUUUCAUUUAUUUCGUUGGCAGUGCCUCUUGUUUCCGGUUUGACCAGCAGGGGGCAGUAUAGCUUCAGGUUGACAAACCUGGCGGCGAUCUCGGGGUCUGACUUGAUUGAAGGCGGUGCAUGUGAUGACGGAUGAGUCUCUGAUUGACUGAAAAGUUUGGGCUAUGUUUUGGGGUUUGUCUCCUCCCUCACCGAAUUCCAUACAAAGCCAUCAACUCAUUCUGGAAAGUUUCACUCCUCACAAGACAACGGCGCUGCAUUUUGGAUUUUGACCUCCUCAAAUCUGAUGGCCAGGUUGGGUGCGCUGCUGUGCGGUUUUACGCUGGGCCUCCUGGGCUGGUUGGGCAUCUUGGUCGCCACGGCCAGCAACGACUGGCUUGUUCUGUGCAGGCACAGUCAAUUGUCCGCCUGCAGGAUGUUUGACAUUGUGAGGACCAAAGGCCCGUGGGCUGAAUGUUCCUCCACUGCCUCUAACGGAAUGCAGACCUGCUUACCCUUCCAGAUCUUCGACCUGCCUGUUUACGCCCACGUGACUCGUGCCCUGAUGGUCACGGCCUCCAUCUUGGGCCUGGUUGCCAUGGUGAUGGUGGCCACGUCCAUGCCCUGCAUCCGCCUGGGUAGUGACGCCCAGAAUUCCAAGAACAAGAGUGCCGCCGUCGGGGGAGUCCUCAUGCUCAUCGCUGGGCUGUGCGGGCUGCUUUCCACCGUCUGGUUCUUCAUUGGCGAGAACCUGAACGAGCAGGUGAUGUCCUUUGGCUUUGCGCUGUACGCCGGCUGGGCGGGCGUGGUCUUGUCCCUUUUGGCCGGCGUCAUCCUGAGCUGCUGCUCCUCAUCGCCGUCGUCACGCCCGUACCAGGACCACGGCAGGGUCUACUUUUCCAAGAUGGGGGCAGAGGCCACUGCGCCAGCCGCCACGUUGUCAUCUCCCAACCACACCAAGAGUGUCCAUGUCUGAUGAGGUCAAAGGUCAUCUCUCUCGGUGGAUGAAAAACACGCGUUGAUUACUAACUGUUCAAUGUUUGUGUGUCAAUGACAAUUUUAUAUUUGCAAAUAUAUAUGCUAAAGUAUAUUUCAAUUGUAUUGUUUGACAUUUUGUUAGGUCAGCUUGCUCAAACACAGUCAGUAUUCAAGAACUCUUAUUUUGGGGUUAUUUAUUGUUUGU